CAGAGGUUCAUAGGUAGCCCUAUGAUGAUAUAUAGAGUAGACGACUUAUGGUUAAACCGCGUUGGGAAGUGGCCCAGAUUACAGAGACUUUGCAGUAUCAAGUCCUAACCCGAUAUCUGUACGGCCGCUAAGCGCUUAAGACUUUUUAAUACUUUCAUAGGAUUUCGUGAAAACCGCCCUGCAUUUGCAGUGGCAGUGAUUUGUAAGAUAUUAACGGCGCGGACAAACGGUUUCAUGACAAGGAUUUUCGAGUGGAUGAUCGCGGAUUUAUUUAUGUUUUUCCGGUGUUUUAUUGAGAUUUUCGGGAGUGCUGAAAGGACUGUGAUAGAUUUGUGAUUCGACGAUUUCGUCCUGGACAUCGCACGAGGAUUCUAACAGGUGGCACACAUCAGCGGCGAUGUUAUCGACCUAGACGUCGUGCAGUAAACCCUCGAAAAAAUAAUUUGAUCGCGCGCGCGUGCAUUCCAACUUAAAUCCUGUAAUAACUCAAAUGGAGCGGAUGGAAUCGCUGUCUGAUCCCGCAUUGUGCCUCCAAGACCUAGUGACGGGCGUGACAACAUCCUCGGCGAACUCCGACAUGCACGGGGUCCACCACCUGCACGACUCCGUCAGCUCGGCCGUUUCGGUGAGCUCAGCGAUCACCGGAAUCAUGAGCGGGGCUUCGGCCUCCGUGCUGGGCCACCACGUCACCUCGCACGAGCCGCCGCACCACCACGGAGUGGUGCCCCACACGCCGUCCCUCCACCACGAGCCCUUGGAGAAGCUGAAACGUGUUUGGGCCGAGACCGGAGAUUUCCGCGACGCCCAUUCCGGAAUGUCAGGAUCUACCAUGGACCACCCUCAACUGCCUUUUCCCACCGCCGCGAGGAACAGUCGAACGAGAGACCGGAAAGGCAGCAGAUCGUUGUCCGACCCCAUCAAAACAGAGUCGGGGGUAGGUGUGGAUUCGACGGAUGGCGACGAUGGGAAAAAUGACAAGAAAACGAAACGGCAGCGGAGGCAAAGAACACACUUCACUAGUCAGCAGCUGCAAGAGCUGGAAGCGACUUUUGCCCGGAAUCGGUAUCCGGACAUGAGUACCAGAGAAGAGAUUGCGAUGUGGACGAAUUUGACCGAAGCGAGAGUGAGGGUGUGGUUCAAAAACCGCCGCGCCAAGUGGCGGAAACGCGAACGCAACGCCAUGAACGCAAUGAACGCCGCCGCCGAGUUCAAAACUGGCUUCGGGACGCAAUUCAACGGCUUGAUGCCCACUUUCGGCGACACCGACACCCUCUACUCCUCCUACAGCUACAACAACUGGGCGACGAAGGUGCCCAGCCCCCUCGGCACCAAGCCCUUCUGGUCGGUGGUGCCGCCCAACCACCACCAGAGCCCCGUGAACUGCUUCAACGCCGCCACGUCGGUGGCGGCGGCCUCCAUGUCGGGGGCGGCGGGCACCAUGCUCCCCGGCGGCAUGAGCUCGGGGCUGACCAGCACUCCGACGGCCGUGGCCCCCCAGCCGUGCCCCUACACCACCCCCGCCAACCCCUACUCCAUGUACCACCACAGGGCUGCGACGGAGCCCUGCAGCGCCAUGUCCUCCAGCAUAGCAUCGCUGAGGCUCAAGGCGAAGCAGCACACUGGCUUUGUGGGGUAUUCGAGUGUUAGUCCGGUGAGGUCGUCUUCGGCAGGGCUGUCAGCGUGCCAGUAUGCGGGAAGCGGGAUAGGGGUGGGUGAGAGGCCUGGCUGAGAGCACGAUCUGGCCUUGGUGGCCCAAUUAAAACACGAAGACCAAGACGAUUGAUAAGAUAAGUACGGUUAAACAAACACGAAGUUAGGUGUUUGCGAAUGAUAAGGGGGUAAAAUGGCAGGCGGAUUCCAUUACGCGGAUAUUUCGCCAAAGAAUUCGCUAAUUUGCUAAGGCGCAAUUAAUUCAGAACAUAUUGUUUUAAACGAGGCAGCAAUUUAAUAAAGCGCGAUACAAUGAAUCAAAUUAAAAUUUUCAAAUGAGUGCAAAUGUGAAAAAUUUGCUUUGAAUAUUUAAGUACCAAAAAAGACCGAUUUCUUGAAAACUAACUGAGAAGUUCUUCACUAAAUAUGAAAGACCAGUGGUUCGUUGGUUCUUCAGUUUGUUAAUUAUCUUUACGAUCUUUAAGCUUUAAAAAUUUUUUUCUUUUGCUCUUUUAAAAUAUUUUUAAUGCCGCUGUACCUCGUUUUCAGUUCGUUUAAACUACAAGUUAGACCAUUCGAAUUUUUGUGUUUGUUACUAUAAAUAACGAGUUUUUUUUAUAAGUAUUUUAUUGUUAUACUGCAGUUAGAAAAUUGUUAAUCAACAAGGUUUUUGUUACCAAUCAUUGUAGAAAAAUUUAUUUUUUAUUUUUUUAUAAUGUACAUAACUCCUUUCUGCAGUAAAGCAUUCAGCUGCCUCACAAAAAUGAGAUCAUUUUGGUAAUUUUAUUAAAUAAAGUAUAACUUUACACCAAAGUAAAGAACAGAAUCAUUUAAUUUUCAGCUUGGAAUAAUUUUAUCUCCUUACUUUCGAGUCCAUUUUUCUUUCUUGGUCAAAAACCAAUACUAUUUGUUAUGAUGAAAUUACCAAGUACAAAGAUUCUCUUUGGUUUUAAUAAACAUAAAAAUAAAUGUAGUAUUUUAAUAGCAAAAAUACUUCUUAGAAUAUUUACCUCGAUUUUUAGCAAAGCAAUCCCUACAAGAAAUAUUUACUGCUCCUACUUUAUUAUUACGAGUAGUUACAUUAACUAUUUAUUUAGAAUAUUCUAAAUCCGGGCCAAAACAUUUUUUUUCAGUUUCAAGAUCAAUCAUUUAUUAUAAUUAAAACGAAUUGUUGAUUGCUUCAGUACAAAAAAACUUCAAGCUCUGAAAAUGAGUUCAAAAUAAUGUACUUGGCUAGUAGAAAUAAAUCGGAAUAAAAUUUUUGAGAUGAUUUUUAAAUGGAAUGCGUUUUGAAAAAUUGGCAACCCCGUUAUUAAUUGCGCCUAACAAAAUAUGUCAUUCCACCCUUUCCCUUUCCAUUUGUCACAAUAAUUAAUUGUCUAGUCUGCAGUAAAACAAAACAGUAGUUGUCUGUUUUUGCUUUGGCCCAGAUAAAAUCAUUUGAUUAUUAUUUAUUUAUAGUUUAUGUAUAAUGCAGAUAAUUAAUUGAAGUGGCAGAUGAAGAGGAACGGUAAUCGAUUGGUUCGACUUCACACAGCAAUAUCUGGUCUACGUGUUGUAUCAAAAUUUGUAAAUAAUAAAAAAUCUAGUUUUGAUGUCGAUUUGUAAAGUAGAUGAUGAUUAAUGAUUUGGGGCGCGUUUCCAAAAACGAUUAAAAAUAACGUAGUGUCUAGUAAUUAAUAACAUAAAUUAUCCAGCCCCUUACCUGAGUUUUUAAUUAAUUGUGAAUUAUCGCCAUGUAAAAUAAACCCCCCGACUUACACGUGCCAUACAUUUAAUUUAGUUUAAUUAGAAUUCGCCGUUCAAAAUGAAUGUUUUCUGCUCAAUUAAUUACAAGUGAUGAUGUAAGAUUUUUGUUAUAAAAGAAUGUUAUAGUUUAGGUGAGUAUUGCAUUAGCAAUGAUGUAGUACGAAGUUCUAGCCAAAUAUAUUUUACGAUUGUGCCAAAUGAUUCCCAAAGAUUUACUUGUUUUAUUAUUCUUUAUUCAAAGAAAAUAGAUGAGAUUGGCGGUGGCCCUUUUUGUAGGCCAUCAGUACAAAGGCUGCAAAGUGCAAUGUAAUAUAGUCGCGUGCGUGAAUAAUCGAAUGAAUGAGAAUUGUUUCAGUACUUACUUGUUUGUAAGAUAUUUGAAUAGAUUGUAUAGUGAUAUCCCACAAAACUAUUGUACCUAUCUCCCACAAUUAUACUCUGUGCAUAUCGUUUGUAACUGUUCGAACAUUUUCAAUCAUCUAGUCACAAUAAAUUAAUCCAUACUUA